GUGAUAAAUGCAAUUUACAAAAUUCUCCACAAGAAAAGAAAAGAGCUAAUGAUAUGUGUGAUUUGGUUUGACCUAAAAGAAAUGGGGAUGAUUAUCUUUGCCUCCAUUCAGCGAGUUCUUCGACAUUAUCAUACAAAAUCAACGUGUUUAAUUAUACAAAUUUAAAAUAAAGAUGCACUUGGCCUAUAAAUUGGGUUGAGUGCAUGAUUAAAUCUCUCUUCAUGUUAAUAAUAAGCAGUCACAGAAUGAGAACCUCUCAACAAGAUUUCAACACAGAAGCCGUUAAGACCCAAUCAAAGUGAUGCAAAUAUAGACAUAAACUUCCUUCUCUCAAAUUAGGGUUUUCUUUCUUUCUUGUUUUGAUUCUCUUUUAAGGACCGUAAAUUGUUGAACUGCGUUCCCCAAUUGUUGCCAAUUUUGUAUUUUUUUUCUUCUUUGGAUCGAAUAGCAGGAAUCGAGAAUGCUGGGAGCUACGGCAUCGAGAUGUUACAGAGCUGGUGAGUUUCUGCUUCAGCAGAGUAGGGGUUUCACGGUUAUGUCGAAUCGUGUCUAUCGGAGCCGGAUUCCCGGUUCCUUAGGUACUGUUAGUGUUAGUGGUGUCUGUAGAAACCAUUUGAGUAGUGACCGAGGAGGAGUAGGGCGAAGACGAUGCCUGCUUCAUGUAAGUGUCAAAAGUUGUUUCAAUGGCGACUCGAUUUUACGCAGUUGUGGCUCGACAACGGCUCCUCUACCUAGGAAAAUCUUUCCUAAUAUCAAUGGCUUCCUCUCUGAUUCGUCCUCUUCUUUCUCCGUUCCUUAUUCUCGAUCAAAACCAGGCUCGGUUGUAGAUGGGUGGUCGUUAUAUUCGACAUCUUCGAGUGAUAAUAUUGAUAAUAAGAAUGGGGUACCAUCGAAGCCUGCUGCGGAACAGAGCAAAGCUACCACAGUUGUGACCAAGGGACCUGUGGACCAGCAAAUUGCUGACAUCAAAAUCCUCCGAACUCUUGCCGGUUACUUGUGGAUGAAGGAUAAUCCCGAGUUCCGUUGGAGGGUCAUUGCUGCCUUGGGUUUUUUGGUUGGCGCCAAGGUCAUAAAUGUUCAGGUGCCAUUCCUCUUCAAGCUUGCUGUAGAUUGGUUAACCACAGCAACUGGUAAUGCCGGUGCUCUUGCUUCCUUUACGGCAGCUAACUCGACUGCAUUAGCUCUUUUUGCAACCCCUGCAUCGGUUUUAAUUGGAUAUGGGAUAGCACGAUCAGGAUCUUCAGCUUUCAACGAACUGCGCACUGCUGUUUUCUCUAAGGUCGCUCUUCGAACAAUUCGCUCAGUAUCUAGGAAGGUCUUUUCUCAUUUGCAUGACCUUGACCUCCGAUAUCAUUUAAGUCGAGAAACAGGUGCACUGAAUAGAAUAAUUGAUCGUGGUAGCCGUGCAAUAAAUUUUAUUCUCUCAUCCAUGGUGUUCAAUGUUGUACCCACAAUAUUAGAGAUAUCUAUGGUUUCAGGUAUACUAGCUUACAAAUUUGGAGCACCUUUUGCAUGGAUCACAUCACUCUCAGUUGUUGCUUAUGUGGUGUUUACAUUAUCUGUGACACAGUGGAGGACUAAGUUUAGGAAGGCCAUGAAUAAGGCUGAUAAUGAUGCAAGUACAAGGGCAAUAGACUCACUUAUUAAUUAUGAGACUGUCAAAUAUUUUAACAAUGAAGCUUUCGAAGCUGAUAAAUAUGACGAGUACUUAAAGAAGUAUGAAGAUGCUGCUUUAAAAACACAACGCAGUCUUGCCUUUUUAAACUUUGGCCAAAAUAUAAUAUUUAGCACAGCUCUGUCAACAGCUAUGGUGUUGUGCUCACAGGGUAUUAUGAAUGGUAGUAUGACAGUAGGUGAUUUGGUCAUGGUGAAUGGACUUCUCUUCCAGCUGUCACUUCCACUCAAUUUCCUUGGUAGUGUUUAUCGUGAAACUAUACAAAGUCUUGUUGACAUGAAAUCUAUGUUUCAGUUACUGGAGGAGCGGGCAGACAUUAGAGAUAAAGAAGAUGCAAAACCUCUGAAAUUGAGUGGGGGAAGCAUUCAAUUUGGGAAUGUUCAUUUCAGCUACUUAACUGAGAGAAAGAUUCUUGAUGAUAUUUCUUUUCUCGUACCAGCUGGAAAGAGUGUGGCCAUUGUUGGAACUAGUGGGAGUGGGAAGUCGACUAUUUUAAGAUUGCUCUUCAGGUUUUUUGACACCCAUUCCGGAAGUAUAAGGAUAGAUGAUCAAGACAUUAGGGAUGUGACUCUAGAGAGUCUAAGGAAGUCGAUUGGUGUUGUGCCCCAAGAUACGGUACUUUUCAAUGAUACGAUAUUUCAUAAUAUUCGUUAUGGCCGUCUUUCAGCGACAGAGGAGGAGGUGCAUGACGCAGCUCGACGUGCAGCUAUACAUGUUACUAUCAUGAAAUUCCCUGAGAAGUAUUCUACUGUUGUAGGGGAACGAGGGCUCAAGUUAAGUGGUGGGGAGAAGCAACGUGUGGCUUUAGCUCGUGCAUUUUUGAAAGCACCUCCAAUUCUGCUGUGUGAUGAAGCUACAAGUGCACUGGAUAGCACAACAGAGGCUGAAAUAUUAACUGCAUUGAAGUCCUUAGCAACUAAUCGAACUUCAAUCUUCAUAGCUCACAGGCUGACCACUGCAAUGCAGUGUGAUGAGAUAAUAGUAAUUGAGAAUGGAAAGGUGGUUGAACAAGGACCACAUGAAAUUCUGUUGUCUAAGGCCGGAAGAUAUGCACAGCUCUGGGGACAACAAAACAACACAGUGGAUGUGCUUGAUUCUGCAGUCAAAUUGAGGGCAUGAUGGUUACUUCUCUCCAAGUACUAUCUCUAUUCAGAACAAGAAUGAAAAUGGAAUUUAGGAAGGUUCCCCUAUUUGUAUAACAGAUGAAUUUUGCUACCUCUUUUAUUUCAGUGGCUAUAUUUAAACUGAUAGAUACAGAAGCCGCACUUUAGGUGAAAAAAACUGUUGUUUUAAGCCUGUUAAACUUAGGAUGGAGUUCCCAUACCAGUUGAAUUGAUAGAAUGGUUUAGAAGGAAUAAGAUAUGUGUACCUUUACCAACAAUGUAAAUGAGUGAUGAUUUUGGCUUUGAAUGCAUUCUUAACUCAGAAGCAUAUUUCAAAUAAAUGUCAUAUCUUGAGUAGGAUUUUCUGA